UUGUUGUGGCUUUUCCCACUGUAGCAGACGAAGGGAAAUCGAGGAACAGAGAUAAAGAUAGAGAGAGAGAGAGAGAGUCCAGCUCCUCUCUUUACCAUGAGUGAGUGAAGGAUAUAAAUCGCACAGUGAAGCAGGUAAACGCCUGACGGGCAGUGAGUUAGGACGCUGCUGGGGGAUUUCCAUGUUUAGACCCUGCUGACUACUGCUGCUGCCGUUCCCAGUCUCCUGAGAGAUCUACCGGACCCCCUCAAACACCCCCAACCCCCAACCGCCAACAACCACCACCACCACUUCUCAGCUCAGCUGCUCAACUGUUUUCAAGUGGUACAACAUUAAAGAUACCUGCUGUUGCUUGAUUGCACCGCUGGCUGCUGCGUCUGCAGGCUGCAUCUGCUGAAGCACACUAUGCAGAGGAGUCCCCGCUCAGCACAUAUAGCUGCUCAGCAGCAGCAGCAGCAGCAGCAGCAGCAGCAUCAUACGAGUGAAGCUGGGUCUUCUAAUAGUUUCGAGGCCCUCGGAUGCCACGAGCAGCUGGAUCCAAAGGACAAUCAGGACUCCGAGGACCCCAGAGAAUACUGUUAUGGUGGGUACCACCCUGUUCAGAUAGGUGACACCCUCAACAGAAGGUACCAGGUGGUAUCUAAGCUCGGCUGGGGAUAUUUUGCCACUGUUUGGCUAUGUCUGGACCUCAGGCUAGGACUCCGUGUCGCUGUGAAGGUGCUGAAGAGUGGAGAUGGUUUCACCCAGGCAGGACAGGAUGAACUCGCUCUCCUACGAUGCGCUGGUGGUCCUACAAGCCGCCAUCCCUCCAGUCAAAGGAUUGUUCAGCUGCUAGAUGAGUUCAAAGUGGCCGGGGUCAAUGGGGUCCACAUGUGCCUGGUGCUGGAGCUGUUGGGACCUGACCUGAGGAGCUGGCAGCUUUGUUUUGGGAAUCCAGGACUGAUGUGGCCUUCGGUCAAGCAAAUAGUUACUCAGGUUCUUCAGGGCCUGGACUACCUUCACACUCAGUGUAAAAUCAUCCACACGGACAUCAAGCCUGAGAACAUCCUGCUGUGUCUGGAGGGGCAGUCCCACAAAGUCCCAGCAGGUGGCAGCAGCCUCUCCUCUGUACUGACCAGGAAAGAAACCACAGAGAAGGAGCAGCUGAAUCCAUACAGAUUGAAGGAAAUUACAGUGAAAAUUGCUGAUCUGGGCAGCUCCUGCUGGGUGUACAAACAUUUCUGUGAGGAGAUCCAGACUCGUCAGUACCGCUCACUAGAGGUUUUACUGGGAUCUGAGUACGGCCCGCCUGCUGACAUCUGGAGUGUCGCCUGCCUGGCCUUUGAGUUGGUCACUGGAGACUCCCUGUUCGAACCCAAAGUCAGCAAGUCCAUUUCUCAGGAGGAAGAUCAUAUAGCCCAGAUCAUAGAGCUGCUUGGUAGAAUCCCUCCAGCUGUUGCCUUGUCGGGUAAAUACUCUGCAGACUACUUCAGCCGCAGAGGUGACCUGUGUCGUAUCGGUCCACUGAGGCUCUGGAGCCUCUAUGACGUUCUGGUGGAGAAAUACCACAUCCUGCUGGAGGAAGCCUCUGGAUUUUCAGACUUCCUUCUUCGCAUGUUAGAUUAUCAUCCAGAGAGGAGAGCCACUGCUGCACAGUGCCUCCGCCACCCAUGGCUGACCUCAUGAUAGUCUCUUUAAGGCCCUACAGGGCUCAUCCCCAUCUGCCUGUCUGUCCUCAGCCAGAUGUUUUCAGCAGCUCGACCUGGCCGAUUUUAAUGUAUGUGCAUCUAUUUGAAAGAAACUCCAUUCACUCUGAUUUGUGUAUUCCUGUGUAAUGUGGUGUCCUGACAGAGAAAAGGAUGCUCUUUUCCAUUGGAGACCCACUUUGCACUUUAUGUUGCUACCGUGUUUUUUUACAUAGAUAUUUACUUGUGUAGCGACUGUAAUUGCCAGUCCUUAUAAGCAGCAGCUCUUUUGAGGAGCACUGACAGGCCUGAGACUGCGAGUCAGUGUGAAGUUGUCAAUUUGAUACAAACUUUGAGCGCAGCUAUUAUUCAGUAAGAUUGAAUGUUGGCGAUUAAAUCGGAGAAUUAUUAAAAA